AUGGCUGUAAAAUCGCUUCAUAAAUUUCUCCUGGUUGUGGGAUUUGUUUCUCUAAUCCACGCAGCAUAUUCUGCAGCCCAGCACAGAACAUACCUGAGAAUCACUGAGCAGGAAUUUAAUUCGCUCCCAUUUGAUAUCCAGCUUCAAGCGGUGAUAAGUUUGAUUGUUCUGGUGUACAGCAUCCUCCAAGUUGUUGGAGAUUUCCGGGAGAUUCGGGCAGCUGUUGAUUUGCAGGCAAAGUCCUGGGAAACCCUGGGCAACAUUCCAUCAUUCUACAUGUUCAAUCAUCGUGGAAAGAGUCUAGCAGCGCAGCAUGAAGAAAAUCCCGAAGCAAGUGUCGAUUGAACGGCUUCCGGGAACUCAUUGAUGUGAAUCUAUUUGAAUGUAAGAAAUCCAAUUAAUUGAAUUACAAAACACCAAAGGGAAAA